AUGAAAGCCCUGAGGGAACGAACCUUUGACUUGACCGGCGUCUUGCCCAAUUGCUUGCAGAAGCCACACAACGUCUCGAAAGUGUCUACAGAAGUCUCGACUCCACACACCACCUCCACCAGCUUCAUUACUGGUACCGGGUUGAAGAAGUGGAGACCGGCGACACGCUCACGCUUCGUGUUCAUCUUGUUCAUGACAUCGGCCAACAAGAAGCUGGAAGUGUUUGUGACCAGGAUACAUUCUCUGAAAGGAAUACGGUAA